UAAUUCGCUGCCUACGAAAGAAGGAAAACGCCUAAUCAAUCCUAUGACGAUGAUUCGCUGCCUAUUUUAUUUCUAUUUCCUUUCUUUCUCUCGGUCUCUUCUACUCCCCACCUCGCCAUCUCCCCAAACUCCUCUCUUCUUCCUUCAAUCGACCCCAGCCUCUCUUCUUCGGUAGUAAUGGCUACCGAUUCGGCGACGGGAUCGUCCUCUUCUACAGCGCCGACGCAUGGUUCUUCGGAGAACUUUUUCAAUUUACUUCGAAUUCUCAUCGUUUCAGACGACAUGCUUUUUCUUGAAGCCGUCUCCAGCGAACUUAUGGCUUGCGGUUACUAUGUGCAAAUGAUAAGUUCGGGUGGUUUAGCGAUAGAACUACUGCACAAGCCAAAUGCAAAUUUCCAUAUUGUUUUACUCGAUGCUUCUUUGAAAAGCCAGCCGCCAUGGAUACUUUUGGAUCAAACCCAACGAUAUUUCAAGAAUAUUUGUGUUAUUGUAAUGACAGCAGACUAUACGCCUGCCUUCGCCAAGAGGAGUAUUGAUCAAGGGGCAUCACUUGUCAUCGAGAAGGAACGGAUUGGAUCAAUAUAUUACAUAUUGUGGCAACUCGUAAUAGGUAAGGAAAAAUUGAAUUUAGAAAUGAGAAGCUUGAGGGAUCGGAGGAGAAUGGUCUAUUGGGACGGCAACACGAGAACCGAUUUCGAGCAUACUUACCGGCUAGCUAGUGCAGAUCGCAUACUAGGGAAGAUUGCUGAACUAAUGAGUGUUUUAAGGAUGUACACCCAAUCUGUCGCAAGUUAUAUGCGGAGAACGAGUAUGCAGGCUGGAGCUGGCCCAUUGCUUGGGCAAUUGUCUUCUAUUUUUGAGCAGAUUGCUGCGCAAGAAGCAUCUGCAUCGCACGUCGCAGCGCCUAGAGAUCCACUAGCUGACGCGGGCGAGCAGAUGCUGUCUGAUCUGCAGUAUUUACUAAAUGACUUUUAUUGGCCAGAUGAUGAGUUUAAUUUUCCAGAACAGUAAUUUGUAGCCUAUUAGUAUGAACUUUAGUUGAAAAUUGUCUCAUAAAUUGCAACUUAUUAGUUGUUCUCUAGUUAGUAGUCAAGUAGCAUUCUGGACAUUGACGGCGUGAGAGCUUUUGACGCCAACUGACUAAUGAAUUUAACAAUGUUUUCAAAAUAUAAUCGAUGAUAUGUGGCCUGUGUUUGCUGGUUAGUGAAUUUCCAGGAACUUCUAGCAUGUAGCUGGAACUGUGUUUGCUUUCAAUUCAUUAGCUGUAUUUGGAUAUC